GGCAGUAGAGCUCUGGUAUUCCGUUUAUUGUGUUGUAGGGCGUGGUUCUGUGCUAUGUAACAUGUCGUAUUCUUUCUUACGUGUUUAGAUCCGGUCUAGAUUCGCACUGCUGAGUCUAAGAGGAGUCUGCUAUCAUUCGUAUUUGAUUGUAUUUUAUAUUGGAAAAGGAUGGGUUCACACAAGUACUAUCCUGUGCAGUGCACACCAACACUUUACCCUGCGGAACCAUUUGAUCCAACUGCAGAUGCAGAAAUAUUGCGAGCAGCAAUGAAAGGUCUUGGAACUGAUGAGCAAACAAUAAUUGAUAUUAUUGCAAAGAGGGGAAUUGUUCAGAGAUUGGAGAUUGCUGAGACAUUCAAGACUUUGUAUGGAAAGGAUUUAAUUCAUGAAUUGAAAGGUGAGUUGGGUGGACACUUUGAAGAUGCUGUUGUUGCACUGAUGACCUCAUUACCAGAUUUAUAUGCAAAAGAAUUACAUCAUGCCAUCAGCGGGAUUGGCACUGAUGAGGAAGCUAUUGUGGAAAUUUUGUGCUCGCUAAGCAAUUAUGGGAUUCGCACCAUAACAGCUGUGUAUGAGAAGUUGUAUGAAAGCCCCCUGGAGAGUGACUUGGUAGGUGACACAUCUGGUCACUUCAAAAGAUUGCUUGUCUCUCUUCUUACAGCUAGUAGAGAUGAAAGUGGGGAUGUUGAUGCUGGUGCAGCAGUGGCUGAUGCUGAAUCUCUUCUGGCAGCAGGUGAAAUGCAGUGGGGUACAGAUGAGUCUGCUUUCAAUGCCAUUUUGGUUUCCCGAAGUUAUACGCAGUUGCGCCGUGUGUUCCGCGAGUAUGAGAAACUUGCAGGUCAUGACAUCGAAGCAGCUAUUAAACGUGAAUUUGCAGGCAGUUUGGAAGAUGGAUAUUUGUCCAUAGUGAAAUGUGUCAAGGAUAAGACUGCAUAUUUUGCUGAGAGGCUCCAUGAUGCUAUGGCUGGAAUGGGAACAAAGGACCGAACAUUGAUCCGUAUCAUUGUUACCCGUUCUGAGAUUGACUUGGGUGAUAUCAAAGAAGAAUAUGAGAAAAUAUAUGAAAAGAGCUUGGCAGAUCGUAUUCAGGAGGAUUGUUCUGGAGAUUUCAAGAGACUGUUACUAGCUUUGUUGGGCUAACUGAAAGGAUGUGACGGUACCCACAGCAGUAGUGACAGUCACAGAACCAAUUAUACACACAUUUGUGUGUUGUAGUUGCAGUCUGUGAUUAUCCAUAUAGAUCUGAUAUUAGGUGCUAUGUGCGAUAUGAUGGUAGGAAUUCUGAUAUAAAAUGUGCUCUACUAUAGUUGAAAGUUGAUGCAAACCAUCACCGCUAAUUAUACACAUAUAUGUGUUGUAGUUGCAAAUUACAAUUAUCUGAUAUUAGGUGCUGUGUGCACUGUGAUGUUAUUAGUCUGCUUUUAUGUAGUUCAUACAUCAAAUGCUAGGAGUAAGAGGUUUGUUUUCUUUCUUGAACCUCGACAAAUACACCAGCCUAUACUGAUGCUUGUCCUCCACUAUCAGCUAUAUGUAAUGAAAAUAAUAACAGCAGAAUUGAGAAAUAAAACAUACUGGAGAAAGAAGCUGGAAAUCAUGGUUGAAUAAUUCUAAAUUUAAUUUGCCUGUCCAAGUUUCUGGAACUGGAAAAUUUCUUACCAGUAUAUGCUGAGAAAUAAACUUGAAAUGAUACUGAUUCCCAAAUAUGGUAUAUGUGUAUGGGACUUCAUAAUGCUGUGUUUAGCAGGUUUAAUGUCAAGUCAUUUAAAAGAACAGCCAGAGUAAAACUGGUUUCUAUAAAAUAAGCCUUAAAUUACAAUAAUGGUUUAAUAUGUAAAAUUAUUACAAAUUGACUCAUCUUAGGAUAUUGUUAUUGUUAUGUAUAUGUCCUUUUUGAGAAUGUUUAGCUGUUGCUUAUUAUAAAAAUGGUGGUUUUUGUAUUGCAUGUUUAAUAUAUCUUUGAUAUCAGUUAUUUAUAUUUCAUGUUACUUUAUAAAUGAAGAUAUGAAUCUUAAGUUUAUUCUGUUUACUGUUUGUUUUCCUUUGCUUUGUUGUGAAACUGCUACUGCUGCAGUUCAUAUCCAAGCUAAAUGAAAUUUCCUGUUUGUUCCUUCGCUUAGAUUUCUUUCCUACGUUGCUAGUCCAUUACUGAUUACACAGAUGGUAUCACUUGUCAUUCCACUCACAUGUUUGAUACUGUGCUAGAGAUUACUGGUUACUCCAUCUUCAUAAUUUUCUCUCAUAUUAAUAAUAAAAACUUGAAAUUAAACAUUAUUAAGUUAGGAAUGGUAAUUUUUUUCCUGAAAACCAAUAAAUUUGAUAAUAACUGGAAAUUCCAUUUAAGCAUGUAAGCUGCAGCCUGCUUUUUACAUCUAUAUAGUCAGUCUGGCCUGCCUCAAGGUAAGAAAAAGAAAUUAUUAAAGAUCAUAUUUCCAAGUUGGAUACUUGGUUCCAUAUUGCAAGAGGUUCUGUCAAAAUGUGUAAUACUGUAGCAAAAUUUAGGUUUACUCUGUCAGGUAUAUUCACAGGUUACAUUUUGCCAGGAUGUGCUAAUUAGUUUUUGUCUUAUCCAUUUAAUAUUCUGUUUUUGCUGUUUAUUGCUUUAGAUAGGAUCUGUGAUAUAUUGAUCAUAGUUAUACAUGUGUUUAAAUUUUCUCUGCUCUUGUCAAUUACAAAUGAAUGUGAAGAAAUCUUCUGAUAAUCAUUCAGUUUGUUGAAAUAGAACCAGUUAUGUACAGCCCUUUAAAAAAGUGCUUGAGGCAGCAACCUGUCAAAGCUGUGAAUGUUAAACUGCAGUAACUACAAGUAAUAUUAAUGUGGUAAAAUAAAAUAUGUGAUGUUUUAAUCAUACAUUCAAAAUGUUUGGUGUCAUUUUUAUCUUAGUUCUUGUGUGUAGGUUUUCAUAGCUGAAAUUCAGUGUAUAAUGUCAGGUGAGAGCUGAAGUUAUACAUUUUUAUCUUGAUGUUUAACAAUAGUAGUGCAAUUAAGAAGGAAUAGAUAGUAACUUAUUCUUGAACAAUCUUCGAUGACUGCUUUUGUCACAUGAAAAGGUCCAUAUGGUAUUACAAGUUUGACAGAACCUUGUAUUUAAGGGAAAUUUCUUUUCAUGAAUUUCUCAGUGUUUCAUCUGAAAUUUUUAUAAAAGUUAAAUGAAUCUCAUAUUUUAUUUUACAAAUAUACCUUAUAGAUCAUGCAUAUAUUUUAUAGUAAAAUGUAUUUACUCGUUAAUGUCUAACUUUUUACAUUUACGUGGACACAAGUUUAUAGCAUUCAGUGUAGAUUGUUUAGUUUAACCUAGGGACUCAAUUAGGUGGAGGUGAUCUGUUUCAUUCUUCACAUUGGGUAGUAAACUGGACAUGGUACUUGGGUUAACUUCAAGUGCCAUAGCAUUAAAUUGUUUGUUUCACAUAAGUUUCAGAAAUGUUAUCAUUAAGAAAGAUACAAGAUUAACUUAUUAAUUUUAAAUUAUGAAAUUUUGGAUUGGGUCAUAAAGGAAACGAAUGCAUGUCUUGCCUUCAUUAAUGCUUAAGACAUGCUUGCAAAAUACACUUUAUGAAAGUGCCUUCUGUUUUUGUUGCCUAUGCAAGUACAGAUAGGGGCCUUGAAAGAAUUUUAAAAUUUGUAUACUGAAGUGUUAAUUCCCAUUAGCCAGCUAAUUGUUGCAUUUUUAUUUAUCAACUGGUAUAAAAAGACAAGUAUGAGGCUAGAAAUUAGUAUAAAAUUUCAACAAUAGUAAUACACCUACGUACAUAGUCAUGUAACCUGACAACAUUUAUCUUUUGUCAUCUUCCAUAUGCAUCGGGAUGCAGACAAGAACUAUAUUCUUCCUAUGUAAGCCCAGCACUUGUGAUAGCAUACCUGCAACAACUGUGUUGGGCAGUUUUCCAGAGCUGUUUUAUAUAUUAAAACAUCUUCCAAACUAUGUUUUGUCAACCUUUAUGUUACAUUUGUUGAAAACCUUAAAAAUUAAGAAAAUAUUCUUAAGUGCAUUUAAGCUUUUACAUAAUGAUGUAUUAAUUUUUAAAAGAUAAUUCUCAAUGUUCAUAAUGACAGCAGUAAUAAAUCAUGCUUUUUGCAUGUAAUGGCAUUCAGGUAAAAAAAAAAAAAGUUGAGUUUAAGACAUAUGAAGUAGAGUACUAUUUAAUUUAUGUAUGUAAUUUUUGCUUGUACAACAUUGAUUAUUAAACAUUCCAGUAUUAUGGGUUCAGCAACGAUAUAUACAUACAGUAAAACCUCUGACAAUGAUUUAUAUAGCACAGAAUUAUAGGUCUUCACAUAAUGUUUUUUUAAUAACAAAAGCAUAAAAUUAGCAUGCUGAAUUCUAUUACAACUUUGAUUGAUUCAGAUGUUACAAUUAUUACCUCAUCAUACUUCGUGAUAACUAGGUGUAUGCGCACAUGCACAUGUAUAUUGUGUUUUUCACUAAUUCAAAGAUGGAAUGGGUAGUAGGGGCACUGAAUUCCAGAGCCUAACAUUGCAUUAUAUAAAAUGAAUUAAAAAUGUAUUGGAGGAAUGUCUAUCCCUUUUCUGCACUUUCAGUAUUAGUUGUAUAACUGAAACUUAAAGUAUGUAGCAGUAUGCUUGAAGCUGCAUAGUAAUGUUAAAACAUAAAUAAUGUCAGUAUUUAAUCAGUGUUUCCGUGUAAUCAUGAGGUUAGAGGCAUCCAGACCUUAAAAUUUUGUAUGCAUGUAAUCUUGGCAGAAAGUCACUCUAUUACCAAAAUUUGACUAACUUCUAUGUUCCCCUGUUUGUUCAUUGUGGGUGCUAAUGCCAGUCAUGACUUUCUGUCUUGUCUGCUCGCUGUGGAACAACCUCAAUAGGAAUGAUUUUUUAUUGUCAACUGCAGAUUUGUUUUAACACUAUGUUCCUAAUGCCUGAGGAUUGAAGGUGGUGGGUAUUUGAUUAAAACUUGCUAAUUUAAACAAUUAGAGAUGUUGACAGUAGUUAAGUCACAAGGUUAUGGGUAACAGUAUAUACAUUUUUAUUAUUAUUUCUCAUAAUUUGUGUUCAAUACAGUUAUGUGUGUCUUUACAAAUUUAUUGUGUAUGUAAUGUAUUGCCUGUGUGGCAUUAUGUUCAUGAAACUACAUUUGAUUGCCUCUGCAUAUAUUGUAGCAAACAGUGUUAUUCAAAGGCUUUUUUCAUUAACAUGAUAUUCAUCUACAUAUGACUCAUAUUGUUUGAAUAUUUAAAGCUUUUGACUCCCAUUAUUUUGUAUAUCAUUCAUUCAUCAUCAGAGCCCUCAUAUUGUCAUACUGAAUGCAUGUUUGUUAAACUUUCAUAACCACAGCUACUUCAGUUCUCUGAAGCUGGUGUUUUUAGGUAUGUGUAUAAAUAAUAGUUUUUAUUAUGCAUUAACACUUUUAAACCCAGUGGAAACUGUAUGCACAAUGUCUUUUAACAAUCAGGAACACUGCAUUCUCCCCACAGAAUGUAUUUAUGGGUUUCAUAUGACUCGCAGAAUAAACAAAUAUUACUUCCUUAAACAACAUUAACAAACUGAUCUUUGUACUGGUGAUGCAAUGUGUAUAAAUCAUUUGUAUGAGCUUCAGCUUCAGAGGUUGUAGAUAGUUUAUGAAACAGACAAAAUGGAAUAGGAUGAACACAUUGUAAUCAUAUAUGAGCAAAACACUUGUGUCACAAGGAAAUGUUAAUUAAUUGACUAUGCAGUUGCAUUUCUUACAGGUGUUUUAAAUCUAGUGAACUGAUAUCAAGUCAUAUUGGUUAUAACUGUCACACUAAAUUUAUUAGUGGUUCACUGCAUACUUCUUAAUGCUCUGAUGAUUCUAGUUAUAGUUAUAAUGGUUGAUCUGUAAACAUGCAUUCUGUAUGAGAACAUGUGCACUGAUGAUAAUUUAUAUAAAGCCAAAACAUGUAUGAAUUAACAAAAAUAAUAAUGCUAAACUGCAAAUUGGGAAAUAGUGUUGUUUAGAUAUAAUUUUUGUACCAGAAACAAAAUUUAUAAUUUUGGUUUUAAUUUUGCAACAUAUAAUGCAUAUUCUGAUAAAAUGGAACUACCUCUAAUUUUCUGGUUCCCAGCUAGAACUGCAUAUCUCACUGCAAAGUUUAAUGAGAUUUUUCCAAUAUGAGUCAAGUAUCCAU